UGAGAUUUUUUUGUGCUCUGGCUUUGCAUUUGACUUAUCUACUCUAUAGAUUUAGCAGAUGCAAUGGGGCUUGGAAAUCCAAGGGGAAGAUCAAGAAACCAUAAUAUAGAAAUGGAGAAUCCUGAGGAAGAAUCAAAUUUUGUAAAGGGAGGAACCCUAAUUGUUUGUCCCAUGGCAUUACUUGGCCAAUGGAAGGAUGAGCUAGAGACCCAUUCACGGCCUGGUUCGAUUUCUGUAUUCAUUCACUACGGUUGUGACAGAACAAAUGAUAGGUUGAGGCCGUUGCUUAUGACAACCCAAUACCAGGUUAAUACCAUCAAUUUGCGUUUAUGGGCGGCUAAACCUAAUUGCCAGUAUGAUAUGCUUGUUAAAGCUCAGCACUUUGUUAUAACUUAUAAACCAUGA